UCAAAUAACUUUUUUUUUCGGGUCAGCGAUUCCCUCUUCUCCUUCGCUCUCAGAUCCUUUCACCAGCAAUACAAGUUAAAGCGAUGAUGCCAUCUAGGUCGUCGGCGACAACAACUCCGACGACGACGGCUGCUUCAACGUCAUAUUGGUGCUACAGUUGCACGCGAUUCGUCAGCGUUUCCUCUGACCAAGACGCAAACGACGCCGUCCUGUGUCCUCAUUGCGACGGCGGUUUCAUCGAAGAGAUUGAGGAUUCUUCUGCCGCGGAAGCGCCGGCGACUCCGGCUUUACAGGGAGUUAGAUCGGUCGAAGAUAAUCAUAGAUCUGUAAUUAGACGACGGAGAUCCGGUCGCCGCACGUCGUUUAAUCCGGUAAUCGUUUUACACGGAGGAGCCGGUGGUGAGAGAGUUGAGAACGAAGAAGGAGAAGGGAUCACUAGGGAUCGACGCGCUUAUGAGUUCUACUACGACGAUGGAUCCGGUUCGGGUCUUAGACCGUUACCGGAUUCUGUAUCUGAGAUCUUGAUGGGAUCUGGAUUUGAGCAGUUGCUUGAGCAAUUGAGCCAGAUCGAGGCGUCGACUACAGGGAUCGGUAGAUCUGGGAAUCCUCCGGCGUCGAAAUCGGCGAUUGAGUCUUUGCCGAGAGUCGAGAUCUCGGAUUGCCACAUGAAAGCAGAGGCGAAUUGCGCCGUGUGCACGGAAGUUUUCGAGGCCGGAAUGGAAGGGCGCGAGAUGCCGUGUAAGCACAUUUUUCACGGCGAUUGCAUCGUUCCGUGGCUCUCGAUCCGGAACUCGUGCCCGGUUUGUAGAUUCGAAUUGCCUUCGGAUCCGAUUCAACGGAGUAACGAGGAGGAACACGCGGUGGGGAUGACGAUCUGGAGACUCCCCGGCGGUGGAUUCGCCGUUGGGAGGUUUAACGCGGCGAUGAGAGAAGGGGAGAGGAUAAUGCCGGUGGUGUUAACGGAAGUUGACGGUGGUGGGCUCGGGAGUAACGAGGGACCGAGACGAAUCUCAUGGGUUAGGGCACACGGGACACCGGAGAUAAGCAGAAACGGAGCUCGCUCAGGUACCGGCGGUAGAUUGAGGAGAGCAGUUCGUGGAAUGGUUUCGUUUAUGAGGAGGGUGAGACCAAAUCAUGGUUCUUCUUCUUCUCCUUCUUCGAAUCUUAUAGAUUUGGAUACAGACGGCGAAUCUAGGGUUAUGAAUCGAUCAACUUCUUUGAUCAGAAGAUUUUUCUGACGAUUGAGUUUGUGGAAAAUCAUCAAAUCAGGUUAGGGGAAAAGAGUUCAAAUUUUUUUGUUGGUUUGUUUGAUUCAAACAAUGUAAAUAUAUAAUUUCAGAAGAAAGAUUGGAACCUAUUAUUUUUUGUUCUUCUUUGUAAUCUUCGAUUAGCUUUUUAGUUUGUUACAUCAAAUUUAUGAGAACAAAAUGUCAAAUUCAUUAUGUUCAUUAAAGAUUCUUGAAUUUAUUUUAUUCUUUUGUUCUCUCUUGAA